AUUCCAAUACAUUUUUUUUCAUUUAUUUUAAAAUUGGUUAAAAUGCUUUAAUUUGAUAAACAACACGUUUAUGAACAAAUGGAAUGCAAAAGAUAAGAGCAGAAAAUGUGUCAUGCAUUUUUGAUGACAUAAUAAUCUUAAAUUUGUUAUUCAUUCUAAGAGGAAUGGACAGGAGACACCCCCUGCGAAGUACAGAGUGUUCACAAAUCAUUUACCACUUUACUGCUGCUUACAUAUAGUAUGUUCCCCACAACCCGCCUUGUGUUUUCUUGGUGAGCCAAGUAGGAAUCGCUUGCGUGAUCAGCUCUCUGGGUUUGUGAACUCCCACUACGACUCCCACAGAUGACCGUCAGCGUUGAUUCAGGUCGGAGUUUUUUCUCCGUACAUUUUGACAUCUCAUCUGCCAAGUGUGAGCACUCAUCUCUUCAGAGGGUUCCCUGGGUUAGAGGAGAUGGGCCCUGGGGUGAUCCAAUGCGCGAUGACUCCAAGAGUCGAGGAGAUGUAAGGGGUGGUUCAUUGCCACCGCUGGAGGGUGAAGGGAUCCUUGGAGAUCGGUGGGCAGAGAGACCCUUCACGCUGAUACUGCAGGGCCAUGAGACCCUGGAAGAGAGGGCAAAGUUCACGAUUUACAAGAUUCUGGUCAAUGGAAGUCAAGGGAACAGCUGGAUGAUCUUUCGAAGAUACACAGACUUCUGCAGGCUCCAAAACAAGCUUAAGGAUUUGUUUCCUAGCAUUCACUUAGUUCUGCCUCCAAAGCGAUGGUUCAAAGACAACUACGAUGAGGAGUUUCUGGCAGAGAGGCAAACUGCUCUGCAAAAGUUUCUGCACAACCUGACGAAACACAAAGACAUGAUCAGCAGUGACGCUGUUAGGCAGUUUCUGUGCAUGAGCGACCCACCAGGCCCAUUUGACAGUGUGGAAGAAAGCAGGGCUUUCUGUGAGACGCUGGAGGAGACCAACCACCGUCUACAAAGGGAACUCAUGGAAAAACAAAGAGAUGUUGACAAUUUGACGCAGCUCCUGAAUGAAAGGGAGAACUACAUCAAUCGUCUGAUGAGCAAAGUCAGAUGUGUUUCACUUCUGGCAAAAGCUUUAUAAACAAAAGCAGUGUAAGCUAUUUUUUGUGACGCCCUUAUUUUGGUACCCCCACAGGAGGUGCUAUUAUUUUGAAGGCCAGAGGUGU